AUGGCUCCUGGCUCAGAUCUUCAUGGAAACUAUCAGGAUCCAGUGAAGGAAGUGCAAUUCUACAUCAUGCCCCUUCCUCUCAGCUCCAAGAAUGUAUGGAUAGUGGUGCUCCUGAGUAGAAUCAGCUGGACAGUAGGAAGCAUAAACUGUCCCAAGGAAUGUAUAUGCCAAUACCUAGCUGUCAAUUGCACAGGAAAACUGCUGGAAGAGUUCCCAACUACAAUUCCACUGGAUACCAGGCAACUGGUUCUGGCUCAAAACAAACUCAGCUACCUGCCCUCACUAGAGUUGCAUUUUCUCAGUGACUUGGUCUAUCUAGAUUGCAGCAGCAACACUUUAGGCAAGGAUCUGGAUUUCACUUUUGUCAGCAUGAUCAAGCUUAUCUACUUAGAUCUCAGCUUUAACAACCUCACACAGGUAACAUUUGGCACCUUUUCACAGCUCAGCAGUCUGGUGGUGCUAAAACUCUCAGACAAUCCCAGCUUGAUGGAGAUUGAGAAGGAUUCUUUUGCUAACAAUACCUGGUUGAGGCACCUAGAUGUGAGCCGCUGUAGUUUGAUGUUCAUUGAUACAAGUACGGUCAGGGACUUGCCUAAUCUGAGAAAUCUGGGUUUAGGUGAGAAUCCCUGGUUCUGCAAUUGCUCCUUCAUGGAACUAUGUAGCUGGUUAAAGGAGAGUGGCAUAACUAUCCUAGACCCUGCCAAUAUCACCUGCCACAGCCCUGUUUUUAUGCAUGGCUUGAAAAUGCUGGAAGAGGAGCAGGAAGAAUUCUACUACAAGUGCUACAUCCAUUUCAGCAACCAAGACUAUCUCUUUCUGGGGUUAGUUGGCUUUGGUAUAUUUUCUGCUGGCACUGUGUUGGCCUGGCUGAUGGGAGUAUGUGCAGUGAUUUAUGAGUUCUUAACUGCCAGAGGAGAAGAUGAUAAGGAGGAAGAGGAAACAUAG